AGAAGAGAGAAGAAGAUGAAGAAGAAGAAGAAGAAGGGGAGGAAGCAGGAGAAUAAGAAGGAUAAUAAGAGGAAGAGGCCUGGAGUCGAGCUCGGGUGGCACUGGUCAGUGAAACGAAGAAAAAGGUCAUCUGAGGACGAGGAUGCUGCUGUAUACAACACUCCACACUUCUAA